AUGGAUCUGUAUGAAGCCUGCGAGAAUGGCAACGAGGAACGUGUGGUGGAGUUGCUAGUGGUGGGGCAUGAUGCAGGGCUCACCCCGUCCCCAGAACUUCAACUUCAGGUUCGAGGAAUUGCUGGUAGAACAGCUCUACUGGCUGCGUGCAUGGGAGGCCAAACGAGCGUCGUCCGACUGCUUCUAGGCGAAAAGUGCGCCGUGCACUUCACGAGUCGUAUGGUGAUGAAAGACAGCGGAUCGGAUGCAGUGCCCAUGGUUGAGGUGCAGCUUCCGCCUAACUGGGCCAUCCCACCGAGCGAACUGUUAGAAGGCAGGCAGCACGUGGACGAUUUUGGCAACACUCCGUUGCAGUGCGUGAGCUGCUUCGGCUGCGGCUCCAGUGUCAAGCACGUGGAUGACGGUCUGGAGAUCACUCGGCAGCUGCUGCUUCAUGGAGACCAGCCCAACCUCCCCAAGAAGAGCAACAAGUGGACGCCGCUGCAUUGGGGCGCGUACAACGGGAACCACGAACAGAUUGCGAUGCUGCUGGACCCAGUGGUUCACGUCGGUGAUGGCACGCAGAGGUUCGCUAAGACGCAGCAUGGUAUCCCCUUGUUGAUGGAUACAGACGAUCUUUUCCCAGUCGACAUUGCUGGACGCCGCGGGCUCGCUCUGCGAGACGAAAGGGUUGCUUUGCAAAGGCAAUUAUCUUCUGGUGAAGACGAUGUCAAUGAUGAAUACGCUCACUGGCGCCUCCGACUUGACCACGUUGAAGCCGUACGGUUAUUCAUCCACGAUUUUGUCGCGAAUGGAGCGCACCUGACGCGGUACGUGGGCGAGAUGAACGCUCGCAACCCGCAGCAUCUGCAGCAGAAUAAGCGCAGCAAAGCCAACGCCGUGACGAUUCAGGACGCAGUUCGCUACGGCCAACACCUUCUCUACUGGGCUGGCUGCUUCGGUCUAGUGGAUGAGGUACGCUCGCUGCUCCGGUUAGAGUUGAAAAUGAGCUCUGUGGGUGGUGGUGCUAGCACCGCUGGGAAGGCUGCCGUUAAACCGUCAGUGGCUCAGGGUGGAGACAACCAAGCCAUCAAAAUCUCGCUCAGGAUACUGUACACGUGCUCGUGCGAGGCUGGCAAGAGGCAGUCGGUGCUCCACGCUGUUGCUGGCCAUGGCCAGCUCGAAAUGCUGAAGCUACUGCUCGAUCAAAUGCUCUUUGACCAGCAGUGUCCUUCGGAUGCUGCCACUUUUGUCGGUAGCUCCAUGACCAGCUCCUUGCUGAAAGGAGGCAAACCCAAGAAGAACAUCGUCGUCCCUACCGCAAAGGAGGCUGAAGUAUCCAAGCCCAAUGAAUUGGAGCGAGCUGAAAGUGAUAAGCAUGAUCACCUCGAGAUCGCAGAGCUUGUGAAUGCCGGUUGGAGGAACUACCGGAAUGAGACGCCGCUAUUCCACGCGGUGAUUUACUUGCAAGAGCGUGCUGUGCGUAUGUUUGCUGGUAUUCUCAGUCCGAAGAGCCUCGCCUGGGAGCUACAAAACGUGAAUGUCGAGGGAUCAUCGCUGCACCAUGUCGCCAGCGAGGACACACGGCGUGUGCUGGGCAUUGAGCACCAAGCUGCCCGGCCUGAGUACGUUCUACUCUUCGAUGGGAUCAAAAAGAAGCAGUUUAAAGAGACCGUUAUCGAGACGAUGCACGAGGAGAGCUUCAUUGCGCCCUCGCUGGUCGUGUCUCGGGCAGGUAUGAAGGAUUUAGCCGCUGGAAUGUGCUGGGCACAGGGUCAAACUGAUUAUCUCGUGGUCGGCGCCACGGACGAUGUGCUCGUCCAGCAAGCUCAGGUGCUGCAGUUGAAGGUGAAGCACCGCGGGUCCUCGUCUCGGUCCAAGUACGACGCUAGUUCACCCGAAUUGUACGAAAGUUUUCGGUCGCUGCAGCGGCAGCAAGUCAUUCGCAGCAUCAUCCAGAGAAAGAUCAAUCUACAGAAGCACCUCAAGAACGGCAACAUCAAGAGCAUCUUCCCACUGCACGAUGCCAUGGGCUGCCGCAACAUCAUUCGGCACUGGGGGUACACGGACUCCUACCAGCGUAUUUUCCAGCCGUUCACAGGCAACAGCGUCGAGCAGUUUUUAUUCGAGCGUAAGAAACACCAGUACGAAAUGUUGUGGCCUUUGCUAACGUAUUUUGGCGAGAAGCACGCGUUCUAUUACGCUUUCGUGACAUUCUACACCGUGUGGCUGCUCCCCAUGGCCUUGGUUGGAGUGACGUGCCAAUUGCUCUGGCUGGUCGACGACGUGAGCUUUGUGCCGCCUCUUUUCGCGAUCGUGGUGUCCAUUUGGGCCACGCUCAUGGUCGAGCGCUGGAAGCGCAAGCGAAGUGAGAUUCAGAGGAAGUUUGGACACUUUCGGCGCAAUCGCAGCGAGGAAACACCGGGAUUCUACGGGGACUUCCAGGUUGAAACUACGUUAGUGCGAGUGAAAACCGCAGUGGACGUGAACUUCCCCCGAGCUCUACAGCUUGCGAGGGUCUACACAGGUCUCCCUCUGUUGAUGACGAUGGGCAUAGCAGCGGUGGCGAUUUUCGUGGCGGUGAAGACAAACACUGCGUCUUCAGCCAUUGUCCACAACGCUAUGCCUUGGCUACCAACCCUUCUGGUGCCUUACGUCGUGCCACUGAUGAACGCUAUAUCGAUGCUUCUACUCGAUAACUGGUACACACGUCUUGCUCGAGCGCUCACGACGUGGGAGAACCACCGAACUGUGUGGGAGUUUGAGUCCAUGCUGGCGGUCAAAUUGUUCUGGUUCAAGUUCCUCAACGCGUUCAUCUCUCUCUUCUGGAUCGCGUUCGUGGAUCAAAACGCUGCUGCACUCCGCAAGCAGCUCUUAAUCAUCAUGGGUGUUCGGCAGCUCUGGAAUUCAAUGAAGCGCGAUAUGUUACCCAUGCUUCAUGUGCGUUAUAAGUGGAAGAGCGCCGGGUUUCGCUUCCGAUCGACAACCAGUAUACCUCGAGCGAACCAUUGCUGGUCGUUGUCGAGUCAUGAAUGGUACGAUGUAGAGCUGUCCCACCCAAUCGCUGCAUCAUCUCGUGAGGGCGAGCGGCAGCCUCCUCCCCCCAUUGUACUCGUUCAGGAACUCAUGUACCCUCACGACUUUUUAAUGGGGAAGCAGAUGGAGGUCGUGCUGCAGUUCGGCUACAUCACCAUGUUCGUCUCCGUACUGCCUGUAGCGCCACUAUUUGCUCUGCUUAGUAACGUAGUAGCAAUGCGUCUGGACGUAUUGAGCUGCACUCAAGCCAAACAGCGCCCGCCGUUCGAGAGCGAAACUGAAGUGUCGACUUUCAUGAGCAUCCUCGAGUUUAUGAGCUUCGCCGCUGUGGCAGUAAACUGCGCCGUCCUCUUUUUCACGACCAGGUCGGACUUUGAGAGUUUAAUGCAGCUCUGGAUUCUCCUUGUGAUUGAGCACGUCGUGCUAGGUGCCAAAGCUCUCUUAUCACUGGUAAUCGACGAUUCUGCGUCGUGGGUGCGGCUUGAUGAAGACCAAAGCGACGAAGAAGAAAAGAAGAGGAUGCUUGGAGCCGCGACGGAAUCGAAUCCGCCAACCGCGAGAUCGGCAACAGCAUCGAACGAAGAAGCGCAGGCUGUGGUGCAUCGAGGGAGUGCAGACCUCAACUCCUCCAAACUCAACCAGGUCCUGGCGAAGCAGUACUUGGCGGCGUUGCAGGAGAGGGAUGAGGCGCUGCAACGGGAGCAGACAACCCGGCAACUCCUCGCCGAAUCGAUGAAGAGAGUGCAGGUUGACGUUGAUGCAAGCAACGGUGGAAUGCCGCAUCGACGACACUGCUUCGUGUGUUAUGCGUUGGGAGAUGUCGUAAAGACAUGGGAGAAGCGCUGUUUGUCGUGCCACAUUGCGCUGUGCCUGUCGUGCGAUGAAAUCCUUCACCUGGACGACCUCGGAGUGAAGGAGCCAGCUCACUUCCGCAUCAAAGUUCCUAAGCAUUUGAAGGAAUUGCGACGACACGUGGAGAGUUUCAUUGCCAAACAACACAGUCUUCCUGACGCAGAGCUGCACCUGACUGCCGACAAAGCGUUCAAGCGAUGCUGUAUCAACAUUCGCAUCGCGUUGCGCUACCUUCGCAACCAUGAGCGACAGAGUUCGUAUCUGGGAGGCUUGAAUCCGGCGGUCUCACCAGCACUUACCCCAGUGUCCAAAGAGCUCUAA